ACAUCCACAUCCUACACUCCCGCCUACAGUGUAUAAAGCAGCCUAUCAUACCACAGCGCACGUGACGAGCGUUCUAUGCGAUGACCUCAUCCCUGGAGUGGGAUGACGUCAAAUUCAAGAUGGAUGGAAUCACGACUACCACACACUCAACAGAAUUCUGAUAUAGUCUUGGUAAUGUUCUCCAUGGAAACAUAACGAAUACAUUGAGUCAGAAUGGAGAGUCUGGUGCACUACAGUAAUCCCUUCCACAGCCUCUCCAUCCUCGGGGUGCUCAACGAACAGCGCCUGAGGGGACAGCUCUGUGACACAGUAUUGGUUGUGGGAGAUCAGAGGUACCAGGCCCACAGGAGUGUGCUUGCUGCUAGCAGUGAGUAUUUUCAAUCCUUGUUCACACGGAAGGAGUCUGAGCCCCAAAAAGUGAUACAUCUGGAUUUCUGUGAGCCUGACGCCUUUGAGAUAGUGCUGAAUUUUAUAUACUCAUCCUCCCUGUUUGUUGACAGAGGUAGCCUGGCAGCGAUCCAAGAGCUAGGCUACAGUCUAGGAAUACCCUUCCUAACCAACAUUAUGUCUACAAGGCCGCAUGUAUCCUACUGUGUGUCUAAGAAAAGGCUGUCCUUUUCUGUGGAUGAUGACAGCCAGCCGAGGAGUGUCAUUGUGCAACAGAACCGAGGUGGUAAUGCUCCUAGCCCGAGUCACUAUGGUUCAAAUUAUCAAGGAGAGAAAGGUCAGCUCUCAGCACACAGGAAACCAAACGAGUCAGCCAAAACCACAGCAUCCAAUACCAGAAUAUUAGCUGAAUCAACUGGGCAUGGCUCUGAUAGCAAACCCACCAGUUCAUAUGCCUCCAUCUUAAAGGGGAAGUCAUCACACAUAGGGUCAUCACUAAGGCCACUGCUCACCUCUUCAGUCUCCUUCAGUGAAUCUCCAGCAGUCAUGUCACAGAUUAAGUCUAAUCUAAGCACUAAAGAGGAAGAGGAGGAGCAGCAGCGACUCCACAGCCCCAAAUGUCAAUUUCAGGACCAGCCAGGGGAGCCUAGCCAGCCCAUUGACAGGAGUGGUCCACUCAUAAAAAGCUUGCUUCGCAGGUCAUUGUCUAUGGACAGUCCCGUCCCAGUCUUCUCCCCCACAUUGGAACUCAAAGAGCUGCAUGUGCGAGAACAGUCUGUUGUUAAGAUGGUGGCAACAUCAGAGGAAGGGACUCAAACAUUAGAGCACAAACAUGGUGUGAAAGUGGUUCCGCCACUACUUUUCAGGUCAAGACACCACACUAGGUAUGAAGAAGAAAAUCAGGGAGAAGACUUCCAUGUGAAGACGGAGCCUAGCAGCCCACUGUCUGACCCCACAGAGAUCAUUAGAAUCACAGUGGGGGAUGCUCUACCUGUCAACCUCAAAGAUAUUGACAUACAUUUUGACCAAGGCCCCAGUAAGCCAUUGUAUAAUCUCCCUGGAAAGAGAAAGGUGAGGAGAGACAACAGAAGGUACCCAUUCAAAAAGUCCAAAGAAUCAAACAAACACGAUCUCCCACGUGAAGAAGACGAGGAUGAUGAUGAUGAAAUGUCAGAAUCUGUACCUCACAACUCCAGCAUGGUCGACAAUGACGGGGAAUGGACUGAUAAACCAAGGCUGAGCAAGAUGUUCAAAUGCUGGAACUGUUUGAAGGUUUUCCGGUCCACCGCUGGAUUGCACCGUCAUGUAAACAUGUACCAUAACCCAGAAAAGCCGUAUGCUUGUGACAUCUGCCACAAACGCUUUCACACCAAUUUCAAAGUCUGGACUCACUGCCAAACACAGCAUGGAGUGGUGCAAAACCCUGCUUCAUCCUCCAGCUCAUUUCAGCUUGAUGAGAAGUUUCAGAGAAAGCUAAUUGAUAUUGUGCGGGAAAGAGAAAUAAAGAAGGCCUUGCUCUUGAAACUGAGAAGGAAUAAGCAGGGUUUGCAGUCUCAGGUUUUUGCCAAAAAAGGUGGCCUGAGGUCAAGGUCAAAUUUGAUAUGCCCCUACUGUGGGAAAACAUUUGUGUUUCUGUCUCAGUUCAAACAGCAUUUGAAGACACACCCUGCAGAGAGAGCCAACCAAGAGGCUGAGAGAGAGAGCAGUCUCUACCAAAAGGAGCAGGACCAGCCCAAUCAGAGAGAAAACACAGAAACAGAGGUUUACUCUUGCAGGCUCUGCAAUGAGAAGUUGUCCUCUCUUUUUGAGCAGGGAGACCACGAGAGGGGCUGUCGACAUGCAACUGUGUGCCCUUACUGUGGCCUCCGAUUCUCCAGCCCAUUGGUUAAAAAAGACCAUGAAACACACUGCAAAUACAAAAAAUUGACUUGCUUGGAGUGCAUGAGGACAUUCAAGUCCUCCUUCAGUAUAUGGAGACACCAGGUGGAGGUUCACAACCACAACAUUAUGACGGUUAAGGAGCAGCUGAGCCAUCAUGAGGAGAUCAAUGGAGAAUUAUCUGACCACCUCGGACGGCAACGCAAUACCCAGGAGUCUGUGGGAGCAGGGAGCUCGAGGGAGGACAUCGUCUACAGUGACUCCUCGGGUCCACCUAUGUUUGACUCUGAGGAUUCUUCAUCAUUCGUGCCCGAAGACUUAAGUGUUAGUCAGCAUCAUAAUGACCAUCACGGCGAGCUGAUCGUGAAAGAGGAGCCCAUUGAGGAGGCUGUGACUGAGAGGGAAGACGUUGCAUCUGGGGCCUCUGUUGAACCCGAGGAGCCAGGCGUUUGGCCAUGUGAAAAAUGUGGUAAGCUCUUCAGUGGCCACAAAGACCUGGAGCGCCACCAGGAGCUGCUGUGCCACAUCAAACCCUUCAUCUGUCACAUCUGUAACAAGGCCUUCAGGACCAACUUCCGGCUUUGGAGCCACUUCCAGUCCCAUAUGUCCACCUCUGAUGAACUUGGCGCAAGAGAGGUUGAUGAACGGCGCCCUUCUUCACUCUCCCCUUCACCACCACCACCGGCGGUCACACAAGCAACUGGAUGUCCUGCGCCGCAGGUUUCUCCGCCUAAACCAGCACAGGCAGAGCCAGAAGUAGAUACAUCUGUGGUAGCUGAAGAAGAGGUCAAACCUGGAAGAUCUUCAUCAAUGCCCAGGACCAAGAGGCCCGAAAUGGACAGAUCACACAGUAGCCCCCUACCCAAGACAGAUAGUGUGGAUAUUCCUCUCCCCUCUCAGGAAUCAGAAACCUUUUUUUAUCACGCCCCCACUCUUUCUGCUCUCACGUUUAAAAGGCAGUACAUGUGUAAACUCUGCCACAGGACAUUCAAGACUGCCUUUAGUCUCUGGAGCCAUGAGCAGAGCCAUAGCCACAUUUAAGUGUAACUCACUCAAGCACCUGUGCUCGUUUUUUAACUUCAGAGGUGAUAAAGUAUGCUUGGUGAAUCUAAUACAACACUCAGCUUACACAUGGAAGAUUUUCUCUGUCUAUUGCUGUUAGUAGUUGGCUUGCCUUCAUGUUAUAUUUUUCAGUGGCCUAGUAUGUUGGCAUAAAGGUGUGAAUGGGAAUAUGUGCAGUGAAUUUAUAUUUGCCUCCCCAGCUCCUUACAAUAGUUACUUUGCCUUUGACAUUAGAUUAGUACUGUGCAAAUCUUUUUCAAUUAAUUCAAUUUCAUCAUCCUCACAUAAAAUGCUUUAGAAUAUAAAAGUGCAUUUUCUGGGGGGUGGGGUGUGUGUGUAUACUAUAAAAUUCAACAUUGGUAAAGUGCUUUGCUUAUGUUGUGAAUUUGUGUUGAUUAAUGCGUGAAGGUGACAUUAGGAAUAUGUUAUUAGUGUCCCAAAGCAUAAUGUUUAUUGAUAUGCACUUUGCAAUUCUAUUCCGUUUUUAUAUUGCGUAUAUUGGUCAAAUUACUGUGAUUCAUUGCUGUUAUAGUAAUCUUUAUUUUGAUCCUUUAUGUUCCAUUGAAGGAGAUGCCAUGAUUUCAAAACUUGUUCAAGUUCCUUGUUAGAUGUAUCCUUGCCCUGAGAGUAGUCUAUGGGCAUAAUAACCUGUAAUCCAGUUUUUGUAAACAGCCAUUCAAAACGUCACCUUACCCAAUGUAGGUUAAAAACAAAUGAUCAAAAAUCAACUUCAUAUUUGAUUGGAAUUUACUUGAUGUUGGAAAGAAAAACAAAAACAUGUUCACAUCAAUUACUUCCAGUGAUUUUUCGCUAGGUGUGGCUGAAUUUAGCUGAAGUUAAUGACCAUCCUUAACAAAACCAUAGAAUAUUGAUUCCCCUGGUGCAUCACUUUCAGAGCAAGGAAUGAGCUAACAAAAUAGUGAAAUUCUCCUUUAAUAUUUCAGCUGUAAUCAGUUAUAUACCAUACAAUUUAGGUUUAUAUAAAAUGUUCUUCAUUCCGAAAUCGUCAUUGCCUUAGUGAUAUAUUUCAUGUAGAUUAUACAAGUAAACAAGACCAAAGAAUAGAAGACUAUCAAGGGGAUAUGAACUGGAAACACAUGCAGUAUUUCAAAAGACACUUUUCAUAGAUGAUGAAUAGAGAAUGUAUGUAUUUUUUUUAUUUUAUUUUUAGAUCUCUCAUUCACUUACUGAAUGUUAUUAUAGUGGAUUAUUGAGUAAAGGAUAUAUGUAAAAGACGUACAUUACUGGGAACGCAAUUUUGUUUACCAUCUGCACACUGCAACUUUUUAAUUUGUUUAAAAUAAAUCAAAAUACAACAGCACACAAGUGACUUGUAUACCAGACACAUACAGUCAAGAAUGUUUCUGCCAAUGACAUGAGUAUUGUAAUACUGCUCUAUCAUUUCAAUAGCAGUAUCAAAUACUUGAGGUUGAUCAUUACACAAGUAGUAGUAAGCAUUGAGAGCAUGUUCUUAGAUUAUAAAUCCUAAAGAACAUUUUCUAAUUUUCUGUUAUUGAAUGAAGCACAAUAAUAGGUUUUGAAGACUUAUUUUUUUACUUGUUUUGAGUGAUUUACAACCAAGAGCCAAUAAAUGUUUAAAAAAUGAAGGAUUAGGCAAAUAUCUAAUCUUUUCCUAACAAUCAGAAUACAAAAUGUACAUUUUGGUUGUCUUCGUCCUUUUUCAUGGCAUUCUUAAACACAUUUAUUGGUGGGUACUUUUGCUAUGGUUGUAAUGGCUGGUUAAUUCCACAGAGAAAUUUGAAUUUAAAAUAAGACUCUUGUAAUAAAUGAUUUGUUAAUUUCAUGAUAAUUAUAAUCUCAGAGAUAACAUUUGUACAUUUUAAGUAACUAUUAAUAACUAUGUAGUAACCACAGAAAUGAAUAUUCAGAUUUGAAAGACGUAUCUUUUUGAUGUUUAAAUUGUGUUUAAGUUCAAAGUCUAUUUAUAUUUAUGCUCUAAAGUUUUGAGAAAGAUCAUAGAAAAAGGAUAUAGAGCGCAAACAAAUCAACUAUAAUUUUGUGUAGAUGACAGCUUGUUUACCCUUUAAUUUUGUUUACUGAAAUAUUGUUAGUAUUAUUGUGCUAUUCCUGCAAUAAUUAAUAUUUGUAUGGGUUGCAUUAUGACAGUUAUUUUUUUUCUACAGUUUGUUGUUCUUGAAUAUUUUCUGUAAUAAAGACUAAUGAUGCGAUACCUGCCUUGGUGUUGACUGUGUGCAUCAGUAGUAUGUUGUUGGAAUAGUCCCAAAGCCCUUGAAUCUUGUUGUUUCCAGAGGUUAUAUGUUUUAGUUUAUGCGUCUCUCCUUGGCUUUGUUUUCCAUUAUGGAAUUGUUCAAACUGCAGUCUUGUUUAAAUCAACCUUUUUAACAUUUUGCCAGUUGUAACAUUAUUAAGGCAAAUCCAGAGAGCUGUAAUAGAUGGAACACAGCUGCAAACUAAUGUGACCAAGAGAAAAUGUGGCAUUAUUCCUUUUUUUUUUUUACUGUCAUGGGUCACAGAUGUUUUUCAAGCUACUUAGCCACUGGACAGUGGUAAAUGAUAAAAAAAAAAAUAAUGCUGAAUCAGGAUUUGUUUUCUGCUCAGAUGUGGCCCUUAAGAAUUUAAAGACUGGAAAUCCUUUGUUCUCCAUUAUUGUACAAGGUCAUCCUCUGAAUGAAAAGCACAUGAUGGGAAAGGAAACCAUUGCAAUUAAAUUAGGAAAAACUUCCCCACAGCUGAAUGGCAAAUGUUUUGAACCCUUACUUAUGUAAUUUUUCUGCUAUGAUUUUGAUCUGUCUGAUGCAUGUUGCACUGUAAACCUUAACACGUUUCUUAAUCAAAUGUUUCUACUAAGUGUAACUCAAAGUUAGAUAAAUGUUCCCAAUAACUUAAAACGUUUAUGUUUUACUGACUUACUCAAUUUAUAUAAGUUUAAAAUGAAAAUGUACCCAGCAUGCUCUGCUUCAAGUUGAUAUUUUGGA